AUGUCUUUUUUCUCUAUCGUUAAAAAAGCCCGACAGGCUAAAGAGCAGUCGGUCAGCAAACCCUCCGAAAAGCAACUUGGAAAGCAGAAAGAUGAGCUAGCCAAGCCGCGAUACGUCCAUGUUCCGACACACGCAGCUGCAGACGCCCUUAUGGGAGCUCCGGCCGGCUGGAUGCGGGACGACGCCGAGCGGAUCCGGGAGAACAACAUAAAACGCAACGCCAAGCUAGCUGGCCAAUUGUUACGGCCACCACGGCCGGCAAGCUCGUCUAUAAUGAGCCCUCUGCAUGUCGACGUGCACGCGGACAGCAGCAGCAAGAAAUACGGCCGCCGUCUUGGAAACGCUAGUAGCAGGGCCUCUCUGAGAAGCUCACAUACCACUCCGGGUACAUCAGCCGCAUUCAGCCAGUUGAGCUUGAGUAGUCUGGAUGCAGAGCUUGUCCGUGCCCGCAUGUCACAUCUUGAGGCUUCUCGAAACGGGCCGUACCACUCUCAAAGUGCCCACACGUCGUCAGUAUCACAAGCUGUUUCCUCAGAAUCAUCGACUUCCAGAUCCUCGCCUUCUUCAUCUCCAUCCACGUCACCUUCGACAUACUCGGCGGCGUCUUUUGGGCCGCAGAAGAGCUCCACGAACAAAGACGGCAACUUAGGCUACUAUGGAGAGACUUGCGGAGAGCACGGCCCUUCAAGCAUGGAAUCUAUCGAGAUGAGGGUAUUUCCGUCCGGCACAACAAAAUCCAAGAGUACCCGCAAUUGCAACUCCAACAGCUCCACCUCCAUUAUGCCCAGCCAGUACGAUCUUCCAUCAACGGGUAUUCAAGAACGCAGGAGGCAACUGAAUCCUUAUGGACAACAUGUUAGGAUCGGUGAGCCUAGCAUUCCACACAUACAGCACCCAGUGGGCCAUUCUCGGCUGUCCACAGAGCGCACCCUGGUACCUACCACGAUUGGCUCACCCCGUCCCUCACCAGCCCAUACGUUCAUCGACUCCUGCUCGACUCUGAGUUUGGUUAUGGCCGAGACUGCGGCUUCAAAGAAUCCGCUGUCAAAAUCGGACAACCGCGAAGCCCAGUUAGCGUCUGCCGCAGAAGAGCGAGUCUACUCGACAACAACGUGCCAACUUGAGGAGCCCCUUACAGCAUGCCUCCAACCAGUCUCAAUUUGA